UAAAAAAUUCGUCUGUGGAGAAGAGGAGCCGGGCAGACACAGACAGCAGCAGGACGCUGAAAAUGGAGAACAUGGCAAUUCUGAGGGAGUGGUUCGAGCGAGUUGACUCGGAGAAAACUGGAAACAUCACAACCACUCAGCUAAAGACUGCUCUUGCUGUCGGAAACCUAGAAUUCUCUCUCUCUGUUGUCGAGCAAAUGAUCAGGAUGUACGACUUUGAUAGGAACGGAACUAUGAGUUUCGAAGAAUUCGUUGCACUUAACAAGUUUCUAACUAAGGUUCAACAUGCCUUCUCAGACCUGGAGAGGGGUUGUGGGUUUCUUGUGCCUGAUGAUGUUUACAAGGCAUUGGUGAAAGUUGGAUUCUCCCUUGACUCCCCGGCAUUUUACACAGUCUGUGAGAGUUUUGAUCAGAAGAAGAAUGGACGAUUCCGCCUUGAUGAUUUCAUAUCUCUGUGUAUAUUUGUGCAGUCUGCUAGGAAUUUGUUUAAUUCUUUUGACACAAGCAAGCAAGGCAGGGUUACUCUCGACAUCAAUCAAUUUAUUUACUGCACUGCCAAUUGUAGAAUUUGACAUCACCUUGUCCAUUCCAGCUCAAUGUGACCAAUGGAUGUUUGUAUAAUGGAAGUAGGUAGAGAAUUAUCUGAUUGUAUUUUCUGAGCAGAACAUGGUUUGCAGUCAGAAAUAGCUGGAUUUUCUUGUCUUAUGAUUGUAAUCUGUACAAAAGAAAUUCUUUGGCAUUUGAUAUGGGUAUAUGAAUUUGAUGUGAUGGAUGAUAUAAUGAUUGCGAUAUGUAUCUAAUGGUUGAAACUCUGGUA